CUGCCAGAGAGCUGCUGUGGCUCAGAUAUUAUGAUUAUCUUUCCAAACAGAACAAGAAGUGAUUGAGCCGUGAUUACACCAGAGGAAGAGCUCCCUGGGGCUGUGAUGUGAAGAGAGGAAUCACAGCCUUGCACAGUGCACACGUCUAGGCACAGACUGUGACUCCAGCUGUUGGUGUCCUCUCCAGGACCAGGAGGGGCCAGGGAAGAUGAGAGUUCCUGCACUCUUGCUCUUCUCCUUCUUCAUGGUCAUCCAGGGCUGGAAUGGCUUCCUGGGGAGCAGUGAUGGCAUCAAAGCAAAACAAGAACUCGUUGUGAAUAAGGGAAAGCCUUCAGGUUCAAUCCAGGAAUAUGAGCUGCUAUUUCAGGUGGCCUAUAGGAAUUCCAAGGAGAAAAGAGACAUGAAAAACUUUCUGAAGUCUUUGGAACCUUUGUCAUUUUUUUUACCUGGGGGAACGAAGAUUAUCAGAGCCAAGGCCACCACGUACUGUAGCAGCCUGAGUGGGGUCCUGCGCUGUGCCUGUGAGGACGGCUACUCCUGGUUUCCUCCCUCGUGCCUUGAUCCCCAGAAAUGUUACCUUCACACGGAGGGAUCGCUCCAGAGCUGUGACUGUCCUCUCAAAAACCUCACCCAGAGCGUCCAUUUCUGUGAAAGAACAAAGGUUUGGGGUACUUUCAAAAUUAAUGAAAGAUUUACAAAAGACCUUUUGGAUUCAUCUUCUGCUAUAUACUCCAAAUAUACCACUGGAAUUGAAAUUCAACUUAAAGAAGCAUACAAAAGUAUCCAAGGUUUUGAGUCCGUUCGAGUCACCCAAUUUCGUCAUCAUGGUAGAGAUGGAAGCAUCAUUGCUGGGUAUGAAGUUGUUGGUUCCAGCAGCACAUCUGAACUGCUGUCAGGCAUUGAGCAGGCAGCUGAGAAGGCUAAGACAGGCCUGCACCAGCUGUUUGCACUAGAAGACAACUCUUUUAGAGUGUUCGGAAAAGCCCAGUGUAACAGCAUUGUCUUUGGAUUUGGGUCUAAAAAUGAUGAGUAUACUCUUCCCUGUAGCAGUGGCUACUCCGGAAGCAUCACCGUCAGGUGCCAGCCCUCUGAGUGGCAUGUCCUCAGGGAGACGUGUGUGCUCUCUGAGCUGGAGGAACUGAAGAAGAAUCUCAAUGUGAUCGCCAACAACGCCACUGAGGCAACCGUGUCAUCCUUGGUGCAGAAUCUUUCAAUGGUCAUUCAGCAAAGCCCAUCAACCACAGCUGGGAAUCUGGCUUCUGUGGUGUCAAUUCUGGGCAAUGUCGCGUCCCUGUCUGUGAAAAGUAAAUUAAAGGUGUCCAUUUCGACAAUGGAGAAUGUCAUCAAUAUAUCUGACCGCAUCCUUAAUUCAGCCUCGGUAACCAACUGGACAGUGUUGCUGCAGAAAGAAAAGAAUGCCAGUUCCGAGCUACUAGCGUCACUGGAAAACAUCAGCCUUCUGGUCCCUCCAACAGCUCUGCCUCUGAAUUUUUCUGGAAAGUUCAUUAACUGGAGAGGGAUUCCAACACCCUCAAAUCAAAGCAGUUUCAAUUAUAACUAUCAGACUGAAAUGUUCAAAAAAAAUACCUCCGACCCCAUCAAAGGCCAUGUGUUAAUUAGGUCAGACCAAUUCCAGAAGCCCUUUCCAGAAACUAUCAUCAGCAUGACCUCCUUGACCCUGGGGAACAUUCUCCCCGUUACCAAAAAUGGAAAUGCUCAGGUCAAUGGGCCCGUGAUAGCCACGGUUAUCCAAAACUAUUCCAUCGAUGAAAUUUUCCUCACUUUUUCCAAGAUAGAAUCGAAUCUGAGCCAGCCUCAUUGUGUGUUCUGGGAUUUCAGGCAUUUGCAGUGGAACGAUACCGGCUGCCACCUGGUGAAUGAAACUCCAGACUCGGUGAUGUGCCGCUGUACUCACCUGACCUCCUUCUCCAUGCUGAUGUCACCCUUCAUCCCCUCUGACAUCGUUCCUGUGGUGAAAUGGAUCACCUUUGUGGGACUGGGGGUCUCCAUUGCAAGUCUCAUCUUAUGCCUGACCAUCGAAACUCUGUUUUGGAAGCAGGUCAACAAAAACCAAACCUCGCACACCCGUCACAUUUGCAUGGUGAACAUAGCUCUGUGCCUCCUGGUUGCAGACAUUUGGUUCAUUGUUGCUGCCACCGUAGACACCACGGCAAACCCGUCUGAGGUCUGCACGGCUGCAGUGUUCUUCACGCACUUUUUCUACCUCUCCUUGUUCUUCUGGAUGCUGAUGCUUGGCUGCCUGCUGGCAUAUCGGGUGGUCCUCAUGUUCCACCACAUGGCCACGCCUUUGAUGGUGGCUGUCGGGUUCUGCCUGGGCUAUGGGUGCCCUCUCAUUAUAUCCAUCAUCACCAUUGCGGUCACACAACCCAGCGAUGGCUACAAAAGGAGAGAUGCCUGUUGGCUUAACUGGUCCGAUGGGAGCAAACCUCUCUUGGCCUUUGCGGUUCCUGCCCUGACUAUUGUGGUUGUGAAUUUGGUGGUGGUGCUGUUAGUUCUCACGAAGCUCUGGAGGCCCGCUGUUGGAGAAAGGCUGACUCAGGACAACAAGGCCACUGUCGUCCGCGUGGGGAGGAGCCUCCUCAUCCUGACCCCCCUGCUGGGGCUCACCUGGGGCUUUGGCAUAGGAACAAUGGUGGACAGCCAGAAUGUGGCUUGGCACGUUAUUUUCGCAUUACUCAAUGCAUUACAGGGCUUUUUCAUCUUAUGUUUUGGAAUACUCUUGGACAGUAAGCUGCAACAGCUGCUACUCAACAAGUUACCUCCUUUAAGCUUUUGGAAACAAGCAUCAAAGCAAAACACCUCAGAUUCAUCAGUCAAACCCAGAUUGGAAAAGACUUUCAACUUAUUCCAAUACAAAGGCAAUUAUGUACUUUCUAGUACUGGAGAGUCCUCAAAUGACAUCACGCUAACUCAGUUUUCAUCAACUGAAUAAGGCCGGGAACCCUAAAAUCGAGGACAAUUUUUUUGGAGCAAAUCGACAUUUAGAGCUAAAUGUCAGUGAAGAAAACAUUCAAUCUUCGGUGGAACUUUCUGAUUUAGGAGUCUGGGAAUAAAAUAAGGA